CCAUGCUCGGCGGAAGCCUGAAGCACACAGCUGGGUGACUCUCCCUGCUGCAGACUCCCCUCGGCACCCAAGGAUGUCACUCUCACAGGAGACCAGGGCCAGUGCACACACACACACACACAACCAUGCAUGCAUUCUUCACAGCAUUGGAGAUGGAUACAUCUGAAUACAUUGAUGAUUAUGAAGGUGGAUUGAAUUACACAGACUCCUACAAUGACAGUAGCAGGAGUAGUUAUAGCGACUGCGACCAGGAGGAUCGCUGGCUGCAGGUGUUCCAGAUGGUGUUCCUUCCGCUGGUCUACAGUCUGGUGUUUGUGCUGGGCCUGGCGGGCAACGGCCUCAUGGUGACGGUUCUGCUGCGGCGCAAAGGUUCCCUGCGCAUCACCGAGAUCUACCUGCUGCACCUGGGCCUGGCCGACCUGCUCUUCCUCUCCACCUUCCCGUUCGUGGUGGCCAAGGAGGCAGUGGGCUGGGUGUUCGGCGUCUUCCUCUGCAAGCUGCUGAGUGUCCUGGCCCACCUCAACCUGCUGUGCGGCAGCCUCCUGCUGGCCUGCAUCAGCUUCGACCGCUACCUGGCCAUCGUUCACGCCAUCCCCAGCGUGCACAACCGCCGGCCACGCGCCGUGCACCUCACCUGCGCCCUGCUCUGGACCAUCUGCCUCGGCCUGUCCGUGCCCGAGGCCGUGUUCACGACGGUCAUCGACCACCCCGCCUCUGGCCCGGCGUGCUCUUACGAGGGCAUCGAGGGCAGCAACUGGACGCUGCUCAGCCGCUCCCUGACGCACCUGCUGGGCUUCUUCGCGCCGCUGGCCGUCAUGGGAUACUGCUACUCGGCCGUGGUGCUGACGCUGUGCCGCAGCCAGCGCAGCCUGGAGAAGCAGGGCGCCGUGCGGCUGGCUCUGCUGCUCACGGCCGUCUUCUGCUUCUGCUGGCUGCCCUACAACCUCACCAAGCUGCUGGACACGCUGGUCAUCGUGGGCCCGCUGGCAGGCCUGAGCUGCGAUUCCAAGGGGCUGCUGAUGCAGAGUCUGGUGGUGAGCGAGAGCAUCGGCUACAUGCACUGCUGCCUGAACCCCAUCCUCUACGCCUUCAUGGGGGUGCGCUUCCGGAAGGAGCUCUUGCGGCUGCUGGGAAAGUGGCGUCUGUGCCGUGUGUGUUUGCCUGCCCAGUACAGCAGCAGGACAUCUUUCUCAGAGGGACUCACCGCCACAACCAACAGCAAACUCAUCUGAGGUCCAAAUACUCAAGACUCCACAGCACCUGUAGCAAGUCCCCCCCCCCCAAUCUAAGAGUAGAUUAGUGUGCGAGCUUUGUAAAUUAAGGCUUUUGGAUGAAUUAGCUUGAGUGGAAUUUCCAAGUAGCAUUGUGAUUGAGCACAUCCUUCUAAAAUAGCUUUCUGAAAACUGCUUCCUAAAUAAAUGUGUAGCUCUUA